GUUAUUUUGGGCGAAGGAAAGUGACGUCACAUAUUACCAAGCGACGUCGACUACGGAAACUAGCUCGUUUGUUAAAUGUUGGCUUAUACACCGAUUUCAACCUCGUUGGAUCCCUCAGUGUGCCUACAAUGAGUGGCAUGCGAACCAUCUUGAGCUCGACCGCUCUGGUUGUGAUGGUUGGUGUUGGCUACGGGAUGUGGUCGCUCAUUGUUCCAGGAGAAGAGAGGCGAAAGGAAAUGCUCAAGAAUUUGCCAGAGUCAAACCCUGUGAGAAUGGAAGAGACAAGAAAACGAAAUGCUCUGUUAUUGCAGACACUCAAGGAGGCUGCGGAAACCAACGAGAAUAUUGCAAGAGGAUUUGGACGCUCUACAAAAUAGACUGGAACCAUUUUCUGACCUGUCGAAGUGUUUCUGAUAUCUAGAGUUAUAUGAUGCAUUCAGAAACAGAUGAAUGUGGAAUAUUUCACCACUACAUAAAAAAUCUAAAAAGUGUCUAAAAAAGUGUUGUUCAUAUUUAUACUCUUAACCUGUUAGUUAUAAGGAAAAAUACAUUUUCACGAAGAGAAGAGGAAAAAAAAAACAAGACGUUGCGGGGUUACGUCGGGUCGCGAAUAAAUUAACCUAUAAAUUAUAAAGUGAUAACCAAAACUGAUCAAAUGAAAAGUAUUAAUAACAAAUACACCCUGGUUAUGACCUCUUAUAACACUAAAGUUUUUGCAUUCUGUUUUGUCUUAAUUUCAUAUUUAACUGAAAUCAUUGCCUGUCAUUGACAACGAUAAACGUCAGAUUCAUUUGAACUGGAAGGACUGGCAGUGAAUGCCCAUUAGGCCUGCACAAUAUAUUGCUUGAACAUCUGUAUCGCAAUAUGCGCAUGCGCAAUAGUCCCAUUGCUGGACGUGCGAUUGUUGUUUUUUUUUUUUUCAAUGUAAACUUUUGUUAACAUUAAAUUACAAAUAAUUCAAGCAGCAAUUGUACAGAGAAAUGGCUUCCUAGAUCCCUUUUAUAUACACCAAUCUUCAUCAUUCACCGAUAAAACUCCCUUACCCUGGAUUAAACGGUAUAAUAUGAAUAUUUGAAAUGUCCGGAUCGUAUUAUACAAUAUACUGUGUGUAUACUGUCCAAGCAUGAAGCAGAAAAACAAUUAAAAACCUGAUUCCGAUCCUCUGAAAAAUGGCGUGAUUGGCCC